AUUGGAGCUGGAGGGAGCAUCACAGGGCUGAAGUUUAACCUUCUCAAUACCAACCAGUUCUUUGCCUCUUCAAUAGAGGGAACAACUAAGCUGCAAGACUUUGAAGGCAACACUCUACGAGUUUUUACCUGCUCAGACACUUGCAACAUCUGGUUUUGCAGCCUGGAUGUGUCUACCAAAAGCCGAAUAGUAGUCACAGGAGACAAUAUGGGAAAUGUGAUCCUGCUGAACAUAGAUGGCAAGGAGCUUUGGAAUCUCAGAAUGCACAAAAAGAAAGUGACCCAUGUGGCUCUGAACCCCUGUUGUGAUUGGUUACUGGCUACAGCCUCCGUAGAUCAAACAGUGAAAAUCUGGGACCUGCGCCAGGUUAAAGGGAAAAACAGCUUCCUCUACUCCCUGCUGCACAAACAUCCUAUCAACUCAGCUUAUUUCAGCUCUGAUGGAUCCCGCCUCCUGACAACUGACCAGAAGAAUGAGGUCCGGGUUUACUCUGCCUCACAGUGGGACUGCCCAGUUAGCCUGAUCCCUCACCCUCACCGUCACUUCCAGCACCUCACACCCAUCAAGGUGAGUGAGGGAAGAGAGCUGUUAUCAUGGGAACCAACCAGCACUGACCAAGGAGCAUAG